ACAGUGAACACUUAACUAAAACUUUUCCCUAUUUUUUCGCUUCUUUUAUUAAAAUUCCCCCUUCCCUCCUUUAACCCCCCAAAAUAACACGCACAAACUUUAAAGUUAUUAUUAUUAUUAUUAACUUUUCCUACCUUUUUUUUAUUUUUAUUUAUUCUACAAUAUUUUAUAUAUGAAAUUUAUAAUAAAAUGACUACAUCAGUCCUAGUAGUGAGGGCAUUAUACGAUUUUAAUUCAAAUGAUAGUUCGAGUUUAUCUUUUAAAAGGGACGACAUUAUACAGGUGCUUACACAACUAGAAUCUGGCUGGUGGGAUGGGCUAUGCAAUGGUGAACGUGGGUGGUUUCCAAGUAAUUAUGUAACAGCCUAUGAAGAGGAUGAUUUACUCGACGAUGAGGAAAAGUUAUCAGAUUGGAUUCCUCAACAAACUCCGGAUGGUGAAAUUUUUUAUUAUAAUACAAGAACUCAAGAAUCGGCUUGGGACCUACCAAUUGAUGAUAAUGAUUCAGAAUCUAUUUCAACUAACAUUAGAGAUACAAUGAGUAGUAAUAGAAGUUUGAGAGAGUUACCAGAAAAUUGGAUACAAAGACCGACAGAAGACGGUAAUACUUAUUAUUAUUUUAAUGUUGAAACUAAGGAGAUUAGAUGGACUUAUCCUGGGAGUGGUGCUACUAUUUCUGAUAAUUUCGAUGUUGAUGAGGAAAAAGAUGACGAAAGAAUUGAUUCGCAUGUUACUUCUGCUCUUGUAGAAGUAAAUCAACAAGAUUUAGAAAAUAAUGAAAUUGCCGAUAAAGCAAGUAUUGCAAGUUCACAAAGUAGUCAAUUAAGUUCAACCACAGUUGAUACUAUUCGGCAAAGAUCUCAACAAAGAAAUUCAAUUGAAAAUCUACCACCAAAUUGGGGCCAAAAAACGACACCUCAAGGGAGAGUGUAUUAUUACAAUAAAUUGACAGACGAGACAACUUGGAGUCUUGAUAAUAUUGAUGCCGAAGGUCAUUUAAUAAGAGUUGAAAAUGGCAAUAUGCCAAAUGGAAAUGAGUCGGGAGAUGAAGUUCAACAUGAACCAUCAUCUCCAACUUCCUUAAAUCAACUAGAUCAACCUAGAAAAUUCUCAGAAUCCUCACUUUUCAUGCUUCAAAAUUCUAAUGAACUCACAUGGGAUUCCUUAUCGCAGAGUAUUGGUAUAGCUAUUCAAAACCUUAAUUUAGCGGCUAGUGAAAAUCUCAAGCAAAAUUACACAAAUUGUACUAACGAUAUUGUUGAAAGUAUUAGAAUUAUGCUUUAUGCAUCUGGAACUGUUGAAAAAGACUCACCUGCAAUUAGACAAGAUAGGAAUCUAAAGAAUUAUCACAGGCAUAUAAUGGCUUCACUUUCUAAAUUAGUUCUUUCAACAAAAGUAGCUUCAGGUGUAUGGCCUCCACCGGAUUCUGCUCAAAAAAUGAGAAACGAUGCUGAUGAAGUUUUAAUGGCUGUUCGACAAUUUGUUCAAGCUGCCGAACAGACCGUAAACAUUAAAAGAGUUGAUCCAAAACUCCUUGAAAGCGCUACAGGUGGUUCGUGGCGUGGUAAUAAUUUGUUGUCUACACAAACAAAUGGAAAUAAGAUAACUAAUGGACGAGUACCAAAACCACCAUCAAUUUCAUCAAGUGUAAAUUCGCAAGAUAACAAUAGCGCUCCAAAUUCACCUACAAAUUUUACAAAUUUACGUCCUUUGACACUUGAUCUUAUUGCUUCAUUGGAUCAGAUGUCUCGUACUGUAAAUCAAGCUAUCCAAUUACUUCUUAAUCAUAUUAAAAAAGUCAUUGAUACUCCUUCCAAUUUAAGUAUAAAUGUUUCUUUUUUUCCUCAACUUAUUUCACAAACAAAACAAGUUGUUACUCAAGUCGGACAGUUUUUACCUUUAAUUGAAGAAAUAAAUUUGGAGGAAUUAGAUGAAUCUAGUUUAGGAACAAUAAAUGAAUUUAAUAUCGUCAAGCAAGCAUUAUAUAAUAAUAUAGCAAAAUUAGUUAUUUUCGCCCAAUCAGCAACUGAUCCAUUAGCUUCAUUAAAUGCUCUGGACCAAGUUUUAGUUUCUACGAAUAUGGUAGAUAAAGCAAUUAAAGAUGUGGUUAUUGCUGCAAAAUUCCUUGUUGAAGAGAAAGCUGAACAAGAACAGAAUAAACUGCGUUCAAGAAGACCUAGUGUUGUUGAAACUCCACCAACCAAGAGGCGUAUAACUUCAAGUUAUAGUACAAAUUCUACUUCAUCUAAUAAUAAUAAUGCCCUUGAUCAAAUCGUGGAGAAUGACUCAAGUGAUUCAACAGAAAAUCAACCUAAUCCGAUCUCUCCAGUUUCCUCUUCAGCAACAACAGGUUUACAAACUGUCCCCGAGAAUGAUAUUAUUUCAACUAAUGGUUCAACAUUAAUUGGUGAUGUAAGUCCUGAUGAAUACGAUGCUCAAGUUUCACCGACUUCAGCUAAUUCAGCUAAUGGACGACCAACUGGCAAUCGCGCUCGUUCUGAUAGUACUGUUUCUUCUAAAACAUAUAAUGAUACUGCAUCAUCUCUUACACAUCCCCCUUUACAACGUUCACAAACUCAGCCUAUUCUUUCUUCAUCGGUUUCGGCUGAUUAUCAAUUUUCUCCAUCUCCCUCACCUACAGGUGGGAAUUCGGGUGGGACGAAAUCACCACGCACUGAAAAUAAAGUUACUAAAUUCUUUGGAGAGGAUGUUCCUUCAAAUCUUACUCAACCAAAUAAGCAAAAAGAAGAUAAACCUUGGUUCCUUAAUUACGAUUAUGAACCAUCUGAAAUGAUAUUUAAUAUGGAAAGUUAUGUCAAAGGAGGAACUCUUAAUGCUCUUGUAGAAAGAUUGACCAUGCAUGAUUUAUUAGAUUCGAAUUUUAUUGCUACAUUUUUGUUGACGUAUAGGUCUUUCUGUACAACAGAUGAAUUUUUUGAUAUGUUGGUUAAAAGAUUUAUGAUUCAACCACCCGAAAACAUAACUCCCGAAGAAUUAGAAGUUUGGCAGGAAAAAAAACAAACGCCUGUUAGACUAAGAGUUUUUAAUAUUAUGAAAACUUGGUUAGAAACGUAUUAUAUAGAUGGUCAGGAUUCGCAUUGCCUGGAAAGAAUGAGGGAGUUUGCAACUACAACAAUGCAUGAAAAUAUGGCUUUUGCAGCUGUGAGCUUAAUAAAAGUAAUUGAGAAAAGGCAACAACAACCUAAAGAUGCUGUGUUUAAGGCACUGGUACUAACGAAUAGCGAUAGGCCGCCAGUACCAAUUUUACCAAAGAAUAUAAAGAAACUCAAAUUCUUGGAUAUAGAUCCCCUGGAAAUUAGUAGACAGCUAACUUUAAUUGAAUGUAAAUUGUAUAAUAAAAUCCAACCUGUUGAAUGUCUAGAUAAGGCUUGGAGUAAAGAGGAAGGUGGUGAUAUAGCAGCAAAUAUCAAGGCCAUGAUUGUUAAUAGUAAUCAGAUAACUGGAUGGGUAGCAGAAUCGGUUUUAAAUCAAUCGGAGGUCAAAAAGAGAUGCUUGUAUAUCAAACAUUUUGUAGCAGUAGCUGAUAAAUGUAGAGCUUUGAAUAAUUUCAAUUCGCUUACAGCUAUUAUCUCUGGUUUGAAUUCUGCACCUAUUCAUCGUUUAAAGCGUACUUGGGAAAUGGUUAAUACAAAAACAAUACAGACACUUGAGGCUCUUAAUAAGAUUAUGAAUUCAACAAAGAAUUUCGCUGAAUAUCGAGAAAUGUUACACAGUGUGAAUCCACCAUGUGUACCAUUCUUAGGUGUAUAUUUAACCGAUCUUACAUUUAUUGAGGAUGGUAAUCCAAAUACCCUCAAAAAAUCACGGCAAUUGAUUAAUUUUUCAAAACGCAUGAAGACAGCAGAAGUCAUACGUGAAAUUCAACAGUAUCAAUCUGUACCUUAUAAUCUUGCUGCAGUACAAGAAAUACAAAUGUUUAUAAAAUGUCAUUUGCAAGAUAGCCGAGAUGUUGGAGAUUUGUAUGACCAAAGUCUUAGCAUGGAACCAAGGGAACGAGAGGAUGAAAAAAUUGCUCGCUUAUUACAAGAAUCUGGCUUUUUAUAAAGUUUUCCAGAGCAAAUCUUCCAUCCGAAACGCCGAUUUGUUUAAUUUCAAACAAAUUUCCAUAUUUCCGCAUCAUUUUUUACCCAACGCAGUUCUUUCCGUUGUUUAUCGUGAGGUACGAUUUAAAGAAAAAACAUUAGCCACGUAUAAAUUACCCUCUAAAAAAAAAUAACUUUUAAAAGAUAAUUCCCUAUAAUGAUUAGAUACUGAAAAAAUAAAACAAAAAACAAAAAAACAGAGGAAAAAAAAAAAAAA